CAUUCAUCGAGCUCUGUUUCCCGCGUUUCUCCCCCCAUCAAACCGUUUCUGCUCCUCGCCUGUUUCUCCAACCUGAAAUGCUAGACCACCUGCCAUGGCUGGAGCAGAUUGUAGUGGUAGCAGCCUCCUUCAAGGGCAGCCAGCAGUAGGAGGCCCUGUUUUCCAUCGCAACUGGACAUUAUUUAGUGCCAUCGUCGCAGUUGAGUCGGUCAGAAUGUUCAAUUUGGGACUCAAGGCGUCAAUCAUGGCCGCGGUUUGCAGCCCGGCGUCUCCCGCUCUCAGCUAGCCGGACCAUUUAUUGAUUCUUGUCGACCUGUGGCUUCUGGUGGAUAUGGCUGGUACCUUUGGCGGGAUUGUCGCCGCGAUCGACGGUCCGCGGAGCAUCUGCGCGAGUCUUUGGGCGAUCCGACACUGACAUCUAACAACACUGAGCAGCUGACAUCUAUACUGACAUUUUUUAUUAAGCCUUUAUUUUUCUCCGCAGCCUUCUUCGUUCUCCGCCCUUUUUGUAAAAAUCAAGAUCAGUCAUGACCAGCGCAGCGCCUUCAGCAAUGGCUUCCCGCGUCGCGGGGUCUCCAACCCCGCUUCUUGACCGCGCCGCUUCAUCGUUUCUCAGCGGGCGGCCUACUUUGUCGUCUUCCUCCACCAGCUUCUUCCGCGGAUCAGCAUCCCGGUCGCGCGGCGGUCUUUCCUCGAAGAAUCGUGGUGCUUCUCCUUCACGCAUCAGUAAAAAAGGCGUGCCGCUCGUUAAAGCCAGAAUCGCCCUCGCGCCGGCUCUUCGGAGCGUGGAGCUGAUGACUCAGCACCAGCGUCUACGGAACGUGGACUUAGUGACCCAGCACCCGUGCGGCUCGGUCGUCGUGCUCAAGGCGCCCGGCGCUGCGGUCGAUUAAGCGCUUAAUCUCCGCCGUCGCCGCGCGCCCCGCGGCUUCCCGCACCGACUCUGGCGAGACUUCUGCUGGCGAAAACGAAGCGAGAUGCGACUGCCGCGACUCCUGUGGGCGGUCCGUCCGAAUUGAUCCGCCAGCACGUCGA